AUGUCCAUCCAGUGCGAUGCUCCAGAGCAUGAUGAGCCCGACAAUUCUGCUUCGUUUUGUGUGCUAGACGCCUGGCAUGAACCUGAAAUGAAGCCGGAGGUUGACGAUGGCUUCGCGUACAUUGAUGGCCACAAGUUCGAAGACUUGCUCUAUGCGUGCAACGAGUUGACAAUCAACAGGCUUAAAGAUGAAGGAGACAACGAUUUAGCCUCGUUUGUUACGUUUGAUAACGCCGGCCGUAUUCACUGCGAGGUCGAACCUUUGAAGGAGAUUGUGGGGGUGAAGAUCCCGUAUUCUGGAGGCGGAACGUGCUUCGGGGAGGGCUUACGUGUGGCUAACGAGGUUUUGUCGCGCAACAACUUCGAGCAGUUCUAGGCCGUGCUCAUUUUCUUCUCGGAUGGCCAUCCGUGCGACAUCGAGACGGGGAUCGCUUUUGCACAACACAUUCGCUCGA